AUGAGGUUGACUGUCAUGCUUUUGAGUCUGCAGCUCUUCAGGCUCCUAUUGGAUUCUUUGAGCUGCUUCACUGUGGGACGACCAGGACACCAAAAUGAGCACAAAAAGUCUCCUGAAGAACUGAAGGGCAUUUUUGAAAAGUAUGCAGCCAAAGAAGGUGACCCGGACCAGCUGUCCAAGGAUGAGUUGAGGCUAUUGAUUCAGACAGAAUUCCCAAAUUUACUCAAAGGUUCAAGCAACCUAGAUGACCUCUUUCGAGAACUAGACAAGAAUGGAGAUGGAGAAGUUAGCUUCAAAGAAUUCCAGGUGAUUGUAAAAAAGAUAUCCCAGUGA